AUGGCAAGAUUAGUGUCCCGAAAAGAGACCAAUAAACGGAAAACGUUAUUCCGAGAUGAGGCAAUGGAAGCGGCUGCCGCUCUUCCGAGCGAUGAUAUAACGUUUGAACAAGCCUGGAUCAUCCACAAGUUGGAUUGUUUAGGUUGUCUUCUGCAUGAUGUCCACAAUCCCAAUUUUCUAUCUUUUACAUUACUUCGUUCAUUAUUUGCUCGCAAUUUUUUUGGCUUUUGUAUUCACUCGAUCUUUGAGGUCUGGUAUAAUGAUCCCGUUUUCCGUCAAAUAAUUUUCGACUGGCGACCCUCUCAAAACUAUGUCCGGCCCGCUCCACCAGCAAUGGAUGUUGAGGCGGUCAUGAAUAGCCUGCAGCACUUGUUCUACACCAUGCAGACGACCCCAUUUGAGGAUACUGAUGACAAUCGCCAUUUCACUGGUGCACUAAGGUUGGGUAAUGAACAACAAGAUGCCCAAGAGUUUUCUUUGGUAUUGUUUGAUGCACUGGAUCGUAAUCUUCCCAAACAUCCACACGGUGAAGACAUCCGGCAAAGAAUUCGUGAACGUUACUCAGGCUCGACAACUCAACGAAUCUGGUGUACGUGCGGUAGGGAAAGCAGUCGAAGUUCCCCUUUCACUGCCCUGCAACUGAAUAUUGACGGAUUUAAGACGCUGCAGGAAGUGUUGGAUGCAUAUUUUGGAGAAGAGCUCCUGGAGGAUUACCUGUGUGAUGAAUGUGGACGAAGGGGUCAUGUUAAACGGCAAACACUCCCAGAAAAGUUGCCACCGGUUGUCAUGUUGCAGCUGAAUCGAUACGUCUUUGAUGUAAAUGGCAGAAAUCGUAAGUUGAAAACGCCAAUAAUUUAUCCACGAGAGUUGUCCGCACGAUCGUUCCACUUGAAUGUUUCAAAAUAUGAUGAUUUUGACUACGAACUUUUUGCUGUUAUGAUCCACGAAGGAGACAACACCUAUUGUGGUCAUUAUUAUGAUCUUGUACGGCAUCCAUUCACAGGGAUUUGGUACAAGUACAAUGAUGAGCAUGUGGAACCGUUAGCUCGACCACCAGGCGUUGAUCGAAGUAAGACAAUACCAGGUGGACGCCCAACUCCCGACAUGAAGGCAUGCUACGGACUUGCAUAUCGAAGAAAAGAGCCUGCUAUACCAGAGAUAAUCAUGCCACCUGAUGACAUCACGGAAACAUGGAUUGUUGCGACGGAACAUAGGUUCGAUGGGCAGACAAAAGAAACCAUAGCAAAGAGUGAGAAACGUUUAAACGAUCUGACGUUACGGUACAGUCAAUUAAGCGCUCUCUUCGAAGCACUCGAGACUAAUGCGGAUAGAUACAAAACUCCAAAAGACGUGGCUUUCCUUCCAACAAAGAUGCUGAGCGACAUUCUUGAAAAAGAAUACGUUUCCAUGGCUGCAGUGGAUGAGAAAAAUGAGGAACCGUCAGCAGAAUCACCCAUGGGUCAAAAUAGUAUGUCAGAAGAACCCACAGUGAUUCUACCUUCAAAGCGAGCCAUGCGCACCUCAAGGUUACGGACAGUGCGUCAUAAGAUUGCUGGUCAGCUUGCUCCGCAGGAGAUGCCCGUUUGCCAUCAUGGUCGUCUUUUCGUGGAUUCGGUUCUCUUCGGUGAUGUGAAAGCCGUAUCUCGAGUGACUGCGGAGUCCCUUCUUUCCCAAUAUGGCAUCACGACAAAGAUUAAAUACGAUAGCGAUGCUUCCGAGAACUCUCAUCCACUUCUGACCGGGUGUGACAUUUGUGUUGACUGCGUAAAGGAAUUGAGGAGAGAAGGCCAAUUUCGAGACAGUCUAGAGGGCCAUGUCAAAUUAGCCAAUCGCAUUUUUAAGGACAAAAGCAGAAAGCCCUUUGCUUACUGCCAGCUCUUGGACAGGUGUUCCUUGUCUCGCGUGCCGAAACCAGAAGGCUAUCUGUACAUAUCGAAGAAGUGCCUCGCCAAUUUCAAGAAGUUGGCUUUGCGUGAGAUGGAGCAUCAACACAGACUACAAUCAGCUGGAGCCACUUUGCAGUUUGUAGUCAAUCUAGCAGCGGUCGAUGCUAAGUACUCUGCUAGUGCGAGUUCACCGCGUCGUGGAAGAGGUGCGCGACGGAAACGGUUGAUGGCAAAGAGCGAAGACGGAUCGCCUUCUUGCAAUGGAUGUGACAGACCAUUAAAACAUGCUAAAGAUGAUGACAGUACCGUUACAUCCAACUGUGAUGAACAAACUCCACCAGGAUCGGUAGAAGUCAAGGAGGAAAAUGAGGCGGAGAGUGGAUUAACGUCGGUCGAUGGAACGUCCUACAGUGCAGUGGAGGAGGAAACGAAAUGCGCAGCCGUGGACUGUACGACGCAAGUGUCGACGGAAACCGAUGUCAACUCCUCAUCUGUCAGUUCAGUAGAAUCAGGAUCUCAGCCGAUGGAACUAGAUCAGUUCGAAUCGGAGGCUUCGGUGGCUCUGCUGAAUGCAUGUCAGGAAAUCGCUGAUAGUGAACAGGUUGUCGAUGAGCGGCCUCGGCCAGUAGAGAACGGUAGUGGAAGGCUUGAAGAGAGUGAAGUUGAGAAAACAGCUCAGGAACAAUGUGAGGGUCAGAGUACUGAUUCUUCACCACCUGAGCGUCCAUCCUCUUCUCCAUUAGAGCGUCCAUCAUCCUCAGCCAGUCGGUCAAGCACUCAUGAGACGGGUGCAGUUGAGUUUAACUCGGAACUGCGGUGCGAACAUGGUGGCAUCAAUCUUGACGAAUUUCGCCAGGCAGUCAGUCCAGAAGAAUGGAAGCAGCUGUCAUCUUACUUUGACCCAACAACCACGUUUGUAGUGCGAUGUGACGAGCCAAUCUGUCAGCAAUGUGAACAGGAAUUUAAUGAACAACAGUGGGGCAAACAAGAACUGAAGGAGUCGAAUAAGGGAUCUUCGAGGGCGUAUUGGGCUCGAACUUCAUCCCUUGUUCUUCCAUCAAUUUGCCAGGAUUGUGUUAUGUGUACGCACGGGUUACCAAAUGUAGGAUUAGCUUGCGAUAUCGCUAAUGUCCAUAUCGUUGGUCUUACGGAGCAGGAGUGGACCAAACUCUGUGAAGAGAUUUCUGCUGGAUUAGGAACAACAAACGGCGCAGAACCUCCAAGGCCUAAUCACGAUUUUGGAAAAAGCCGACGGAUAGAGAACAUGUGUGAAGGAUGUUUUGGUGAACGAUUAGAAGCCCUGAAUAUUCAGCGCUAUGUUUACGACGAUGCAUUCAUCUAUGUCGCUUUGAGUGAGGAUGGCGCCAUUAGUGCUCCGUUGUCAAAGACCACAAGGCGGACUCAGAAGAACAAGUGCUUUAGAGUGAAAAUGUCGUCUACGGAUACAAUCAAGGAUCUAAAGAUUCAGCUUUAUAAGCAAACUGGUCAAACUCCUAAUGAUCAAUUACUCUAUCGAGAGUUAGGUGGUUCCCUUCUCGAUGGCGAUUCGACGCUGUUUGAAGCUCGUAUCGAGAAGAACAAUGCAGAUCAACCUUUGAUUCUCAUUGCCCAGUCGAUGUCUGCUGUCUCGGCGAAAUACGAUGAGCAGCAACCUCGAGCUCCAGAGCGUGGUUUUAUUGAUACAGCCCUCGCUCAUUGA